AUGAUGAGGAUGAGCUCCACCGCUUUCCAAAGACUCGUGAGUAUCCAGGAAUCGUCGCCCUCCGACGCCUCGAUUGACGUGGGAUCUUUCACGUGGCUCAUGCUCUCCGACACGGCCUUCACACCAUGGGUGUUAGAGGACGCCCCUGGGAACGAACAAACCCAAGCUCUCAUGCUUGAGCAUAUUGCCAGGAUCGUAGACAAGUACUCGCACAAGCAGCCGGGAGGUCUCGAGGGAUCAGUGAGACCGCAUAUGCGACAACAGGACGACUUAGCAGCUGAUCUUGACGAGAAGUUGCCGGGCGACAAGGUUCCCGAGGAUCAGCGGCGCAUUAUUGUCGCCAAACCCAUGAACCGAGUCCUGAAGGUCGCCAAGCAGGACCCUGGCAUGAAAAAGCUGUACGAGAAGAACGAGGAAAGGCUGCAGGGGGUUCUCUUAUCACAGAAUUUCGCCGAGCUUGUUCCGGAACCAGAGGCGUCUGCAGACGACAGGGGGGGCUGUGAGGGGAGUGGAGACGACGACGACAACGGCGGCUGUGGGGAAAGUGGAAAUGACGACGACAACGGUGGCUGUGACUUCAUGGAGGCUGGCGACGGGGGGGGUGGUGACUACGAAGAAGACGACGAGGAGGAUCACCGUACGACAUCCCAAUCCAAGACGAAGAAGGACAAGGGGAAGAAGGGAAAGGGAGAGGGAAAGGUAAUGGGACGGGGGAAAGCGAAGGUAAUGGGGGACCCCGUGACGGGAUCGACGCCGGCGGUGCCUGGUGGGAAGAAGAGUCGGCAGAGGAAGUGCAAGAGGAAUUCAGUAGGCAAGCUGCUGACGGCACGACCCACCACUCAAGACGACGAUGAGCGUUUCGCCGAGUGCAUGGAGGACAAGCUCGUUAUACAUAAAGAGUACGACGUGUUCAGAAGGAGCCGCUCGCAACUCGACGAGCUCGAACCUCGCAACACCUCCAAGCUGGUCGUCUUCAACCUGGCCGCAUUUCCCGGACUCCUGAAGCAGACCAAGAUCACCGACCAGCAGCUCGUAGACGUCUUCUACACUAUCAGGCACGACUUCCUCCACGGCUUGGGGACUAUGGCACCUCUGGUCCCCCCCCCGUGGGUCGUCCACAGAGGCCGCCUGUACGACGACUUGUUCGGGAACAACCAGACAGCUAGUCCGCCUUCUUCGACAUCGAUCCUCACUGAUGUCCCGUAUGAAGGGGCGGACGUGGACUGGCCCUCCAAGGUUCUGUUGUUACUGACCAACAGGUACACCAACCAAGGCGACACGAUCAUCGUCCUCGGUGCGGAACGAAACGCUUGCGUUGCGACAGGCCUCGCACGAGGACGACGGGUAGAGGCGUACGUCACGUCAGAAACGCAUGUGGAGCACGUCCAAGAAUGGGGGGAGACAGCCUUUCGGACUGCGUACACCAGGGGCAUAUUCCAGCCGGAGGUCGUUGUGCCGACUGAAGUGGAAAUUAAACCCGGCCGACUCCCACGUGGUCUACCCCUGGAUACAACACCGCCGAAGGAGACUCAGUUCGACGACCGCGCCCUCUACACUGCACCUGGCGUAAACUACACCCCCGGCACCUUCGACCUGCUGAUUUGGGGAUGCCUCCACGUAUACGACUCGCGGCGUGACGCGUACCUGUCCCUCGACGAGGAUGCUCACGACAAGCGCUACGUUCGUCUUAUUCGGGCGGCGUCCAACGCUCAGCUGAGGGCCUGCUGCACUCCCGGCGAGGCGUGCCUCACCUCGUCGACUGCGCAGCUAUUCCUCCAGGUCGCGCCAACUUGCCUGAUGUACUGGGCGAGAUGGUCGACCGAUCGAAGAGAAACUCGCAUGGACAUCAGGUCGGCGCUGCCGCUCUCUAGUGACAAGGAAGCAAUGAUCGGACGCUGGCAACCACCCACUCCUGCCACCUCGGCCACGGCAGACAUGGGCUGCGCUCUGGUCGGCUACAACUUCAGAUCAUACAAGGCUGGCAGUUCGGACGUGAUGAAGACGAUCCUUGUCACGGCCGAUGAUAUGGUGGUAGCAGGCGGUACCGGGCCUACCUCUACCCUCGGGGGUGCUGCCGCUACUUCUAAGAAGAAGGCGAAGACACCGGGUGCAAGCGGUGACGACGCCGGGGACGACAGCGAAGACGACGACGAGAUUGUCAACGAGGGGGCCGGAGAGGGAUAUCUCGGUCGCUCGUACGAGGAUGAGGAAGAGGAAGCGGACGAAUCGGCGGGGAAUGAGGAGGAAUCGGCGGAGGAGGAGAUCAAGACCAAGGUUGCCGAGUCCCGUACGACCCAGGGAGGAAAUCGCAUCACCCGCUCCGCCGCCCCCGCCGCCGCCGCGUACGCCGCCGCCGCCGACGCCGCCGACGCCGACGACGAGGACGAAGUCAACGGCCAGGAGGAGGAAGAUGACGAUGAGGAGGAGAGGAUCACAACGAGGCCGGAUCGCUGCAGGCCCGUACGACGAACAGGGGGGCGCAGGAACUCCGGUCCUCCUCCUCCUCCUCCCCCUCAUCCGAUGACGACGAGGACGAGGACGAUGCUGACGAGGCCCUCGAGGAAUUAA